AUGCGGAACGAUUCUAAGCGAAAAUCUUGCGCUGUUGUGGAUGCCUUUGUGACACCCCAUGCAAAUUGCAACUUUAUGCCCGUCCUCGAAGAAAGUACUUUAUCGUGGUGCUCACUCGCUCAAAACUCUCAUGAAGUGCCGAUCCUGGAUGUCGAUGAUCGAGGCUCUCUCUCACAUAACUUGGAAGAUAGUGUAAAUACGACAGCAGCUACAGAAGGGAGUGACCUCUACACAUAUCGACCUCAUCCGCCAGGACCUAUGCAAAGACUUUUACGGUCGUGGAUGGUGUUUCGAUGGAAGCUUUCACGGACUAUUUUCUCAGUCUCAUUGCCACUACUUACGUGGGCUAUCCUCAGAGUGGGCGACUUGUUGGUCACAUUGCCGAUUGCGGUGGCAUCUAUUGCGUACUCCGCACUUCAAGUAGAUUCUCGAAAUGUUACAGGUACCGGCAUACCUCCUUCAAUCGCGUUGGCUCUUGUAUUUGGUUUUGCCGUUCGGAAUAACUCAGUAUUGCUUACAAGUACAGGUAUUUCUUAUGAGCGAGCUCUAUUUUAUCACAAGUGUGCUGCUUUCGUCACGAUUAUUUUGGCGGCACUACAUGGAUAUGCGUUUGUGCUAGGUUUACGCAACAGUGAACAGAGUCUAGAUAACCCCAAGGUUGUGACCGGCUUGAGUACGCUUUGUGGCCUGGUAUUGAUGUAUUUGCUGUCACUUCGCUUUAUUCGGCGUUCGUUUUACCAAUUCUUUGUUAGAGUGCACUGGAUCCUCUUCAUCGUAGUUGUAGUGUGUGCGAUUCUCCAUGGCGCUGGAAUAGUAAUUGUUGGCGUAACUCCCUGGGCAAUUGAUAUGGUGUAUCGGCUCCUUUAUCGAUCGCACGUAUAUGCCCAUGGUCCAAUUGGCAAGCUAAACAAAGGCGUCAUAGCUCGAGAUCAUCUCUCCAUUUGUGCUUUACCAGGAAACAUUACCCGAAUUCAAUUCCCACGAGUUCGUCAAGAUACCGGCGAGACUUUCGUGUAUGACGCUGGCCAAUACGCGUUUCUGUGUGUUCCUUCAAUCUCUCACUUCCAGUGGCAUCCAUUCACUAUUGCAUCUUCACCACACGAAGCAAUGGUCACAUUCUACGUUGAAGCAGUGGGAGAUUGGACGACUAAGCUAUUAUCCGCGGCUCUCAAGCGUGAAGCAAGCGCAAUGAGAGCCGAUGGCCCUUCAACGUUUGAUUUACUCGUCGACGGUCCAUACGGCAAACUAUCGCUUGACCUAGUGACCCCGACAGUUUAUUCACACAUUGUGUUGUUUUCUAGUGGAAUUGGUAUGACACCGAUGCGUUCCAUUGUCAAUUGGUUACAUCACGAAUGCUACUAUAAAAGUCGCGGCGUGAUUCCCCACGUGAGGUUCAUUUGGUCGGUGACUAAUAUGGAAAUGAUCUCAAGCUUGCUUGCUCGAGAUGAACCACGGCGUGAUAGCUGCCUACAAGUGGAUGAGGUGGCGUCCUACUUUCCUCAUAUUCUCACUCACCCUAAGAACAUGAAUUCACCAACUGAUGCGUUUGUCAGUGAGGUAUAUCUCUUUCGAGAUAUCUUGGACAAGGAAGCUCAAGAGAUGCCAGAACUUGCUAAUUGUCUACAUAGUGGAUCAAGACCCGAUAUCAUUGCUAUUUUACGCGAAACGGCUGAAGAAGCCAAGAACUGUGGGAAGAAUCGGAUUGCGAUUUUCGUAUGCGGACCUUUGAUUUUAGUAGAUGAGGUUCAUUAUGCUAGCACAAGACUUUCUCGAGAAUUAAAGGUGCACUACGAUGUACAUGUGGAAAUAUUUGAACUCUAA